AUGACCCACUCCUGCUGCUCCCCUUGCUGCCAGCCAACUUGCUCUGAGUCCAGCUGCUAUAGAGAAACCUGUGGUGGGUCCAGCUGCUGCCAGCCCACCACCUGCUGCAGCAACACCUGCUGCCAGCCCACGUGUUGUGAGUCCAGGUGCUGCCAGCCUUGCUGCCUCCCAACUUGCUGUCAAACCACCUGUUGUAGGACCACCUGCUACCAACCAACUUGUAUGACCAGCUGCUGCCGCCCUUCCUGCUGCAGCUCUCCCUGCUGCCAGCCCACCACCUGCUGCAGGACCACCUGCUGCCAGCCCACCUGCUCUGAGUCCAGCUGUUGUGGUCAAAUCUGCAAUGAGUCUAGCUGCUGCCAACCUUGCUGCCCCCCAACUCGCUGUCAAACCACCUGCUGCAGGACCACCUGCUCCCACCCAACUUGUGUGACCAGAUGCUGCCGCCCUUCUUACUGCAGCUCUCCCUGCUGCCAGCCCACCUGCUCUGAGUUUAGCUGUUGUGGUCAAACCUGCAGUGAGUCUAGCUGCUGCCAGCCUUGCUGUCCCCCAUCUUGCUGUCAAGCCACCUGCUGCCAGCCAGUUUGCUCUGGACCCGUGUACUGCCGGAGAACCUGCUACCACCCAACCUGUGUCUGCCUGCCUGGGUGCCAAGCCCAGAGCUGUGGAUCCAGCUGCUGCCAGCCUUGCUGCUGCUGA